AUGCUUUCUGCUUUUCUCGUACAACUUUUGCUCAACAUCGACGCAACAACCACAAAACACCAUCACCUCCAAGCAUCUCGAAACCCCAAGCCCACCGGCAAUACUACACCCAAUAUGGCUAACACCAACACGCUCAAGCCGACCACCUUCCGCCUCCUCGACUUGCCCGAUGAGCUCACCCGGCGCUGGCUUCGAGCUAUCGGCAGCGAGAACCGACGACCACUCCGGACCGUGACCAUUAUUUGGAACCGCGCAGACGCGGAAGAUGUAGCGGCAACGUACGUGCAGGAGAGUUGCGCGUACUGUCGGCGUGGAUGUUGCGGGUUGGAGAUGCGUGGAGAAGCAUGUCGACUCGGGAUAUGA